UCUAUUUGAACGCUAUCGGGUGUUGUUUUGGAGCUAGGGUUAGGGUUUUUGUUUAACCAUUUGUGAUGAGGACGAUUUGUGCUGUUUUUCUGAAACCUUAUAUCGCGCUGUUUCUAAGUGGGUUUGAUUUCGAGUUAUUAUUGAUUUCUAUCAUCAUAUACAGUGUAUUCAAGGGUGAAGGUAGUAACUCAUCAGGUUGAAACCCUUAAGUAUGAAAAUACUCGUUUUCCAUUUGUUAAUGUAAAUUAAAAGUAAACCAUGUAUUUCAAGCAAGUUUCAUGCAUCUUAUCUGCAGUUUGAUUAAUCUUAGCUUAAAUGUAUGGAUAUAUUUGUGAGUUGCAGGUUAAGUUCGGUAAAACUCUCAGGCGCUUCAGUGCAUCCAUCAAUGAUAAUAAUCUUGCUCUUGACACUGUUGCUUUGACGGAAAAGAUACGUAGUCUCUUCAACUUCAAUCCUGAUGUUGAUUUUUCUCUCACAUACGUUGAUGAAGAUGGAGAUGCAGUCACUCUUGCUGAUGAUGAUGAUCUUCGUGAUGUUGUUAGACAGUCUCUGAACCCCACUUUAAGGAUCACUAUUAAGCUCGAAAAUGGUAGCCAUGGUGGAUCAUCUGGGGCCCCAAACCCAACCCCAACACCAACAACGUUCCCCAUGAGAAGAUCACAACCCCAGAUCCCUUUUGGACCAAUUCGAAAUGUGUUGUCUGAAUUUCUUAAAUCUAUGCCUGAACCUCUGCAUGAUCAAAUUACAAAAUUGCCCCUCGAAUUGACAUCCGAAGCAACAACCUCUACCCCACUGAUAUCUAAGCUUGUGGAAAAGAUGACACAUGCAUACUUAAAUCAAAUCUCUGGUUCCAUGGAUACCCCAAGGGCCCACACCCCUAGUGGUGAGUCAUCAACUGUGAAGAAUAAUGAGGCUGUGGUGAACCCUGAAGCUACUGAAAGUUCAAACUCAAAGAAAGAACAAAGAGAAGGUUGCAAAUACAUCUGA